CUGAACGCCCCAAGGAGAAUCGGAGCGGAGCAAACAGCGGGUCGUAGUUUGGGCCAAGUUCUUCUGGCCAUCGUGCGUGCAGAAAAAAUUUGUAAUAGUUAAUUUUUCAAAGAAAAACACGGCUAGAGGAGUUCCGGAAAAAGAACAUUUCCUAACCGAAAGCAGAGAAAGUCUACACAAAAUAGUGCGGAGAAAAAUGUGCGGCUAACGGAGCGAAGAAGAAGGAGGUGGAGGAGAGGCGAGGCGAGGAGACGAGCGGAGGAAGCAAGUUGCUGCACAUCAACCCCACUGGAGGCCAGAGGAAUCUUUUCAUAUCCCUGAAGUGAAGCAAAAGCAGCAACAGCAACAGCAACAGCAACAGCAACAGCAACAGCAACAGCAAAAGCAAAAGCAAAAAUGACAGCAAUAAGUUUAAGCAAUAAAACACUGCUAGCCGGACGUUGCAGAAAUGCAUUCGGAACACAAUAAGGAAAGGCAGCCGGCAAGAGCUUUAAAAUAGAGGAGAGCUCGACACAGAGGCUCCUCCUUCGGCGAGAAAUCCCAAAGGCCCCUCUUCCUCCCCCCAUCAACUGCCAAAUAAUAUAUAGGAAGCCAGCCAGCGGCAACGGACGCAGCCAAGGAGCCGAGAAAGGAGCCACCACGAGAGUUGACCGGGACACUGAAACAUUCCACCCCAUAGCAUGGCCUCGGUCGCCGCUUGGCUGCCCUUCGCCCGGGCGGCGGCCAUCGGGUGGGUGCCGAUCGCCACCCAUCCACUGCCACCGCCGCCGAUGCCCAAGGACCGCCGCAAAACGGACGACGAGAAGCUCCUGAUCAACGUGUCCGGUCGUCGCUUCGAGACGUGGCGGAAUACCUUGGAGAAAUAUCCAGACACUCUUUUAGGUUCCAACGAAAAAGAAUUCUUUUACGAUGAGGACUGCAAAGAGUACUUCUUCGACCGGGACCCGGACAUCUUCCGGCACAUACUCAACUACUAUCGGACCGGCAAGCUGCAUUAUCCAAAGCACGAAUGCCUCACCAGCUACGACGAGGAGUUGGCCUUCUUUGGCAUUAUGCCGGAUGUUAUCGGGGACUGCUGUUACGAGGACUAUCGGGACCGGAAGCGGGAGAAUGCGGAGCGUCUGAUGGACGACAAGCUGUCGGAGAAUGGGGAUCAGAACCUGCAGCAGUUGACCAACAUUAGGCAGAAGAUGUGGCGGGCCUUUGAGAACCCGCACACGUCCACCAGUGCCCUGGUGUUCUACUACGUCACGGGCUUCUUCAUCGCCGUCUCUGUGAUGGCCAACGUGGUGGAAACGGUGCCAUGUGGCCACCGGCCGGGCAGAGCGGGAACUCUGCCCUGCGGAGAGCGCUACAAGAUCGUUUUCUUCUGCCUGGACACCGCCUGCGUGAUGAUCUUCACGGCGGAGUACCUGCUCCGCCUCUUCGCCGCCCCCGAUCGGUGCAAGUUCAUGCGCUCCGUGAUGAGCAUCAUCGAUGUGGUGGCCAUCAUGCCGUACUACAUCGGACUGGGAAUCACCGACAACGACGACGUGAGCGGAGCCUUUGUCACGCUUCGAGUGUUCCGCGUCUUCCGCAUCUUUAAGUUUUCGCGCCACUCGCAAGGACUGCGGAUCCUUGGCUACACGCUCAAGUCCUGCGCCAGCGAGUUGGGAUUCCUCGUCUUCUCCCUGGCCAUGGCCAUUAUCAUCUUUGCCACCGUCAUGUUCUACGCGGAGAAGAACGUCAAUGGCACCAACUUCACAUCGAUUCCGGCGGCCUUCUGGUACACAAUCGUCACUAUGACGACGCUGGGAUAUGGAGACAUGGUGCCGGAGACAAUAGCUGGCAAAAUUGUGGGCGGCGUGUGCUCACUCAGCGGUGUGCUGGUCAUCGCCUUACCUGUACCUGUUAUCGUAUCGAACUUUAGUAGAAUCUAUCACCAGAACCAGCGAGCAGACAAGCGCAAGGCGCAGAGGAAAGCUCGCCUGGCGCGCAUCCGCAUUGCCAAGGCCUCGUCCGGAGCCGCCUUUGUCAGCAAGAAGAAGGCCGCCGAGGCACGGUGGGCCGCCCAGGAGUCUGGCAUCGAGUUGGAUGACAAUUAUCGGGACGAGGACAUCUUCGAGCUGCAGCAUCAUCACUUGCUGCGGUGUCUGGAGAAGACAACGAUGUAGCAACAUUUGAACAUCUCAGUUAUAGUCAGAAAUUGUAAGGUUUGCCACAAGCUCGUUAGGCAAGCAAUGACAACAGCCACAACAACCAUGGCAACACUAGCAACAAUAGCAACAUCAGCGGCUAAGAGAGCAACAAUGGCGGCGACGGCAAUAAACGUUAAAUGAGCAGCGGAAGGAUUUGUUGUUAAGCAUUUUGAAAACUAUCGCGUCUUCCCAUUGAUCAUAAUCAAAUUAAAAAAAAAAAUCCAACCGAAAAUCGUUAAAACGCCAGAAGAGUAAACGAUUAAAAUUGAAACUGAACGAAUAUAUUCAGCAUCUUUUGUAUGUGCAUUUUUUUGUGUUUACAAAUUUUAGUUUUCGUGUUUCUCAUUUUCAUUUCGAUCUGUUUUCUGUUCAUUAUUGUCUUCGGUAUCUGUAUCUGUGUAUGUCGGAUCGGUUGUGUUACGUCCUAAGUUGUAUGUUCUAAGUUCAACAUUUGUGCCAUGUUUUUCACACGAUCUGGUAUCGGUUCUGGGAGCUGAACUGGCUUUAAAAUCAACCAAAUAUAAAACAUACUAAACAAAUAAAAUAUCAAUGUCUAUACUCUGAUAAACGAAUAUAAAUUCGCCAAAGUAAGUGCUUUCGGUUUGUAUUUGAGUUUCGUUUUUUCUUCAAUCUCUCUCUAUCCCUUUCUCUCUCUCUAUAUAUAACUUUCUAUCUAUCUAUCUCGUUCAUGUUUACGCGUUGCAAUUAGUUUUUAUGAUUUCCAAUUUCAAAUUUUUAAUUUUUUCUCUGUUGAUUGUCGGUUGUUUUUCCGUUCAUUCUCGACCCCUUUGUUGAAAGAAAACGAUUCGUGUUGAAUGCUAUGCGCUCCGUUCUGUUUUAAGUUCCUCGAAUACAUAGGUCAUCGCCGAACAGUAUCGGUUCGAACGAUAUGAGAAUGCUCCCCACAUGCCAUCAAGAUUUUCGAAGCGUCCAUUUAGCCAUAUGCAAUCGAUUGCUGUCAACAUAAAACCCAAAAACGAAAACAAAAUCUAACAAUAUCAAAAUCUAAACAAUUUUAAUCGUCGAUGGGGCUCAUCAAGUGCUGCGAAACGAACACUUAAGCGGAUAUGAAAAUCCCAUUAGGCCGCGCUACUUAUGCCUUUUUAAUUUAUGGGGAGUAAAUUCCAAUGCUUUAAUGGUACAUAUUUUUUGAGAAAAGUCAUAUAAAAAGUAAUUAUAUUUAACAAUUUUCUAAUUAAUUAAAAAUAGUUCUGGCUAUGUGAGGGGUGUCUUUAAUGUGUUUUUAAUAGUACAAAACAAUAUUUAAGAAGCAACUUGGGGUAGAAAUGCCAGAUAGCUUCUUCAUUUUGUAAAGUUUAACUAUCCAG